AUAAAGUAAUGCUAAUAGAGAGUUCCAUAUUUAUAUAUACGGUAUGUAAUACUUACUAAUCAAGUGUACCUAAAUCUGAUGGAUCUAAUUCCUCAGUAGUUUGAUCUGUCAUGAUUUUAGUUUAAGUUUAUUGAAGGUGUAGUUUGAUAGUUGUUUUAUCUAUAGACAGUAUGAAAACACGCUUACUGUUAUAUCUAUAUAGUAAACACUGAUAACACUUACGGUAUAUUUUAAAGAUGUUAACAAUCUUUUGCCGCGUAAUCACGUUGUGCGGAACAUAUUUUACGGAACAAGCAUAACCUUACUUUUGAAGUUAACCUGUAAGCAGUAGUACUGCCAGCUUGACGCCAUCGUGAUAGUGCAUAAACUACAAAUUUUCUACAUUUGUAAUCACAUAUUCGGUGUCUCAUCAUACUUUCCUUGAUUACUUUGAAGUGAUUUUUCUGUUAAAAAUGACAAAUAAUUUAUCAACUUUACUGCAAUUCGGAAAACAGUAUGGGAAAAGUUUUGUUUUACCUUGGCGUCCAAUGUCCCUAGCAACAAAUCCAAAGGAAAUGAAUAAGUUUAAACCAAAGACUGGUAUUUUAAUGUUGAACAUGGGUGGACCCACUACUAUUGAACAAGUGCACGAUUAUUUGUUACGCAUAAUGACUGAUCGUGAUAUGAUUCAACUACCUGUUCAAAGUCAACUGGGUCCUUGGAUAGCAAAACGUCGUACACCGGAAGUACAAAAAAAAUAUGCAGAAAUUGGUGGUGGGUCUCCUAUAUUAAAAUGGACAAACAUUCAAGGUUCACUUAUGUGUAAACAAUUGGAUAAUAUUUCGCCAGAAACUGCACCUCAUAAGUAUUAUGUUGCUUUUCGGUAUGCUGACCCUAUUACUGAAAACACGUUACAAGAAUUAGAACAAGAUGGCCUUGAACAUACAAUAAUAUUUUCUCAAUAUCCACAAUAUAGUUGUGCUACAACUGGAUCCAGCCUUAAUGCAAUAUAUAAAUAUUAUAAGAAAAGGCAACUACCUCUUAACAUGAAAUGGAGCAUAAUAGAUAGGUGGGCAACACAUCCACUAUUCAUAAAGACAAUUGCUGAAAGGAUUAAAGAAGAAUUAGUUCAAUUUCCUAUGGAAAUAAGACAUGAUGUUAUAAUUCUAUUUUCAGCACAUUCACUUCCGUUAAAGGCUGUGAAUAGAGGAGAUUCUUACCCAUCUGAAAUUGGAGCAACUGUUGCUUUAGUAAUGCAAGAAUUGAAUUAUUGUAAUCCUUACAACUUAGUAUGGCAGUCAAAGGUAGGACCUUUGCCUUGGCUGGCUCCCUUUACCGAUGAUGCUCUAAGAGCAUAUGUAAAACAAGGGAAGAAGAAUUUUAUAUUAGUCCCAGUAGCUUUUGUUAAUGAACACAUUGAAACUCUUCAUGAGAUGGACAUUGAGUAUUGCACAGAUUUAGCAAAAGAACUUGGUAUUGAGAAAAUAAGAAGAGCUUCCGCUCCAAAUGACCACCCUAUGUUUAUAGAUGCCUUAACAGAUAUUGUGCUUUCUCAUCUAAAAUCAAAACGAUCAAUAAAUCCUAAGUUCUUAACACGUUGUCCACAUUGCGUGAAUAAAACCUGUUUAAGCAGUAAAAAUUGGUACGCGAAAACAUGUACGAGUUAAACUUAUAAGUUAAAA